UUGUCUCUCCAGGAUGAGUUUUUAGAUGUGAUCUACUGGUUCCGGCAGAUCAUCGCCGUGAUUUUGGGCAUCAUCUGGGGCGUAGUUCCGCUGAAGGGGUUCGUGGGCAUAGCAAUAUUCUGCCUCAUCAAUGCUGGUGUUCUGUACCUCUACUUCAGCAGCUUCCAGCAGAUAGAUGAGGAGGAGUAUGGUGGAACGUGGGAGCUGACAAAGGAAGGGUUCAUGACAUCAUUUGCACUCUUUUUGGUUGUUUGGAUAAUCUUCUAUACUGCCAUCCACUACGAUUGACACAGCCCGCAGCCCCUGCCUGUGGAAGCCGUCUUCAGGAAAUCAAGAAGGUUUUAAUCAAUCCUAGU